AUGGAAGUCACAGAACAAUCAUCCAAGCCACUGUUCAUCUGCCUCGCACACUCGCCAUCUGCACAAAGUGUCUUCUGGCUCCUUGAGGAGCUUGGAGUAGAUUACGACAUUAAAAAGUUUGCACGACCUGUGGAUAAGGCCGUGGUAGGUCUGAAGGAAACACACGUCCAGGGCCAUUCGCCACAGCUUAUCCUACCCGAUGGCCGGGUCAUCACGCAGAUGAGCACCUGUAUGCUAUAUCUCCUACUCACUUAUGAUACCGACGAACGGUUUCAUAAGACGGACCCUGAAUACCGACUACGAGAAGACUACCUCGUCAGCCUUGCCAUUUCCGACGUCAUGGCUCGAGUGGGGACCAAGCACCUUUUUCUGAUAAUGGGCGCUCAAGGUCCCUUCCUACUGCGUCCCUUGGUCAACUUGUUGGGCUAUGGACUCAAUAAAGUAUUUCUUAACCCAGAGGUGGAGAAUCAGCUCCAUGUCAUGGAGAUGGAGCUAGAGGGCCGGGACUGGUUCAUGGGAGGGGAUGCGCCAUCGCGUGCUGAUAUAGCACUCAAGGUUUCCACGGAUCUGAUAUUUCACCCCGGAUUGGCUGAUGUGGAGAAAUGGCCGAGGGUUAAGGCGUGGCGGGAGCGAUGUGAAGCAAGGACUGCGUGGAAGAGAUCCAUUGAGAAAGGCGAUGGCUAUAAUGUGGACUGGAUUGCAAGACUUCGGGAGAGUCGAAAGUCUUGGUGGUAA